ACCGCCGACUGAAAACAAUAGAAAAAAAGCAACAAUCGCUCCUCAAGUGAGCUUUAAGUGUGCCAUGCGCGUAUCCUAAGGCUUGGAAGUGAUUCAUACCAUCUCUAUGAUAUGCACUGGAGUAGAAGAAAGACCCGUACCCGUCCGGCAAAGCACCAAGAAAGCUAAAAUUUAGCUUUUGUUCGGCCGUUUCUCAGUGUACGUUUAGUGGAGCCGCGCGAUGGUCGUUUGUUUUUAUUGAGAUCGCACGCCCGCAGAGAGUGACUUUCACCAGCACACCUUCACUCAUCUUUUGUUUAUCUGCAGGUGAAUACUAAGUCGGCUUUUGUUUCUGAUAACAGGCCACGGGCCUGAAGCAACCAUGAACAACAAGCACAGCCUGUCCACUAGCAAACUCAAUGGGAAUUCGAAUAUACCGUUAAGAAGGCAGCUGAGCAGGCACUGUUCGAGCCCUUGCGGCGCUUCCAAGAUACCCGUCAACGAUCCCCAGGCCCACAGGUGGAAGCAGAAAUACGAGGAGUCGGAAGAUCGGAGGAAACUGCUCCUGACCGAGAAAGAGAAAGCUCUAAGGACGUUAAACGACAUAGAAAAGAAGUACUUAAAUCUGCAAGUGAAACAUGAACAUUUAGAGACGGAACUGUUCGAAAAAAACGAGGAAUUCACGAAACUGUCAACUGCCUCGAAAAAUUUGUACAAAGAAUAUGAGACUCUUAAAAACCAAUAUGAGACGGAGACCAGGGCUAUGUCAGGGGCCCUCAAGGACGCCACGCACUGGUACAAGGAGAACAAGGUGCUCAAGAGGCGGACGCUGCUCCUAGUGGACAAAGAUACGGUCGACGAGGGGGUCGACGCGGGCGAUGGGGAGUCUAAUUCCGAUAACGACAUCGAGAAUUUGAACAAGACCAUCAAGCAGCUCAGCACGGAAGUAGCCGAGCUGCAGACGGAGGUGGAUUCGCUGAAGCAGACGGAGUUUCAGACCUCGGAGGAGAAUGUGAAACUGGCGGAGGAACUUGAAACUGAAAGACAAAAGAAUGAACGCCUGGAAUCUAAGCUAGCCGAAGUAAUGACGGAACACGAUCAGAUUCUUCGGGUAACGGAAAUGAUGAAGAAAGAGCUGGAGGAACAGAAAAAGAUCGAGGAGGAAUUGAGGGGCAACUUGACAACGUUAAAAAUAGAAGCUGACACCAACAAAAGGGAGAGGAACGUACUGGCGCACCAGAGCACUCUGAUCUUGCAGGGCCUGUCUGAAAAUUCCGACGGAGAGGACUGCAUGAUGCUGCUGCAGGAAAUAGAGGAGUUGAAAAGGAGCUUGGAGGACGAAAGGAAUAAGCACGAAGAGGAUAUCAGUCUGUUACAGGAGCGACUCGAAGACGCUCAAAACAACGCACAAAUAGAAAUCCUAGAAGAGCGCUUGAAACUGGUAGAAUCCGAGCUGCAAGCGGCCAACGAACGGGCAGAUAGAGCGGAAGAAAAAUUGAAAGCCCCUCCCGCGCCUCCACCUCCACCGCCGCCCCCGCCGCCGCCUCUCCUACCCCCGCCAUCCCAAGAACCACCCGUGGUGCCCCUGCGAAGACGAAGGAGCAAAAUAAUCCUGCAGGAGUUGGCGGAAUCGAUAGGCGUAAAGGAGAAUAGUUCGCCAGAGAAAAAAGCAACGGCGCCGGGCGUCAACGAGGACAUCAUCAACGCCAUAAAGGCCGGCCAAUUUACCUUAAGGAAGGCUAAGAACGAUAAGGAGAAGAAGGACAAGGAGCAGCCGAAAGCCGUGUCGGAGCUGCUCAAUAUCCUGGGCAGUCUGAGGAGGGCACCCAAGAAGCGGCAAAGCCAGUACAUUGGAGAUGUGCGGUUAUGAUCCAUUUCUAAUGAUAGUAAAGUAUAUUUUGAAAAGUUAACCACUUAGUCAUGUUUUUAUAUUGUAAUUUUAUAUACAUUUUUGUUAUAUAUGA